AUAGCUACAGAGACGAACUAAGUGUGCGUGAUGGACUUGUUUUUAAACGAGAACACCUUUUGAUUCCUACGCCCAUGCGCCAUGCGGUCGAGAAGAGUACCUAAGAGAAAAUGAUCCGCCAAAUGGGUGAACGAACCCCCCCCCCCCUCCUCUAGUCUCCUACGCAGCCGUCCAUAGUGUCAGUCUCGAAUCCCUCACCACGAACGGCACUGACACUAAGUACGGCUGCGCAGGAGACUACCCAUCCUCCCCCGCGCGCACAAAUUAGUUGCAGUAUACAUAUUCAGACGCAACUUUGUUGAGUUUUACUUUCCCGUAAGAUUUAACAUUGGGUAUUCUUUACGUUUUUUUCCUGUUUUUUUUUUUUUUUUUCGUGCUUUCGUGUUUUUCACUUGAAUGCCUCGUGUGCAAUAUCGAUCUCUUAUUAAGGAAGAUUAAGUACCACUUCGAACUAGGACAAGCUCGAAGUGGUACCUAAAAGAAAAAGGUCUCUCCCCCCCGCUCAAAUAUGUUACACUCUGAACAAAACAUAUAUUUCCAAUCUAGACCUAGCAUUGUUUAGAUUGUCUGGCAAAAUACAAAAAUGGGUGCUUUAUUUACGUUUUCCCCUGUUUUUGUUCAUGAUAUCGUGUUUCCCACUUGAAUACCCCGCGUACUUAUCGAGUACUUGGUGACCAGGUGACCCUACUCAUAAGAGAGCAAAAUGCCACCGCAAGAAAAAACAUCAUCACAAGCACAGGGCUGACUCCUUCUGUUCUAAGGACAAGUUGCUUUACCAGCCUAGUUAGUCAAGAUGUCCUCUGUGCCGAUAAUCAAUAUAUCCAGAUUGUUGCAAGUCGGCGAGUCGGGACUGGCGAAGGCUAUUGCGAGGGCAUGUUCGAAUGUUGGCGCAUUCUAUAUCACCGAUCAUGGAAUCUCCGACAGCACUAUCACUACACUUGAAACAAAAGCACAACAGUUCUUCAAGUUACCACUUCAAGACAAACAGGAGCUGUCGUUCAAUAAAAGCAAAGCGUUCAGAGGAUACUUUGAAAAAGGGGCGGAAAAGACAGCGGGUCUUCCUGACAUCAAAGAAGGUUUCUUUCUUGGCCCUGACGCGUCCCCAGACGACAAGGAUUUACAAGCUGGUGUUCCCAUGGUGGCUCCAAACACAUGGCCCAGUGAGAGGCUGGUUCCAGGAUUUUGUAGCGCUCUGAACGAUUAUACCACAGCAAUGACAAACUUGGGAAAGGUAAUGACGCAGUCGAUCAUGCAGGAACUCGAGGUCCCAGAGGAUCUUAUACGCCAGAUAUUCGACCCCCCAUUCUACAACCUCACCUUGUGGCACUACCCUGCUGUGUGCACUGACAAACAUGUCCCCACGGGGUGGGGGAUAGGGCCACACACUGACUACGAGGCCGUCACCAUCUUGCACCAGGAUCCGGUCGGGGGGCUUCAGGUGCAGACCAAGCAAGGGGAAUGGGUCGAUGUCCCACCAAUACAAGGUACCCUGGUAGUGUUGCUGGGUGAUGCACUCGAGUGCUUGACAAACGGACUCUACCGAGCUCCAGUUCACCGAGUAAAGAACUCGCCACAACACAGCCGCUACUCAAUCUCCUACUUCUUCCAACCAAACAUCAACGCUGUAAUCCAGCCUCUUGACGUUCCGAAAAUACGGAAUCGGGAAUACAAGCCUACGAGGGGAAACGCUACGGCGAUGCCAUUUCAUUAUGGAUACAAUCUGCAAAUGCGUUACGCGCAAUCCUUCGGCAAAGGGAACCAAGCUAGGGAAGAAAAUGCUGAUAAGUUAAUGACAUGGCAAGUGCUCAAUGGGAAGUGAUCGAGUCACUUACAGGGCAGCUAUAGGGCUUUUUAAUUAUCGAUCUUUUAUAAAUUUGCGCAGGUUAAAUUGACUUUCUUUUUAUCUUUGUUCUUAGGCGUCAUGCAUAUGUCAACUUUUCUGUGUGUGUUUUUUUUUUACCAGUUCUGUUGUGCACCAAACCCCGGCCCAAGGGAUUCCAACCUAUUAUUUGGUCACGCAAAGGUGCGCAAGACAUGGCUCACAAAAUCGAUGAAAUUGCCUCCUUGUUUCUUAAUCAAAACUUUCGCAUUUUUGGCGUUUCAGGCUAAGUUCAAACGUCGUAUUAUCCAUGAGCCGUAUUCAAUGCAAAUGCAUGCAAAUGAAGAUAAAACAAUCGACUCGAUUCAUUUGCAUGCAUUUGCAUGGAAUACGGCUCAUGGAUAAUACGACGUUUGAACUUAGCCUCAGAAACAUAGUUUAACAGCUCCGUUCAAAAUGAUAGCAUAUCAAUUCCAAGGUAUUAUCCAUCUAUUCGUUUGGACACGAUACGGGGGCGUGGCUGUUUACUGUCUUCGCAAUUUGUCUGUUAAACGCAGGCGGGUCCUAAGAGAUUAAUCGACUGAUACUACUAUUGAAACGGAUUUUAUUAAAACGAAAAUUAAUUCAUUUUCUGUGCAAAAUGGAAUCUGUUACAAGCCGCCUUCCGAUGUCACGGACAUAAAUUUUACUUUCCUUUCAAAGAUACAAAGCAAAUUAACGCGAGAUUUUAACGAUCGCAGGGUUCACUCAGAUCGGCGCAAAAUAUUUAAUUAUUUUCAAUAAGAACAGAAUGCUUUAGACAGUCUUUCUUUCCUUCGACUACGCAAUUAAGGGACAGUUUAUACAUCUCAUCUAGGCAGUCAAACGGGCUAGGUAGUUAAAAACAAAAGAAUUCAGAAUGCAAUAAUAUUCAAGAUUACUGUAUUUUAGACCGUUUGACAUUUCUAUGGAUGGGUUUUCUUUUCUAAGUCUUUCACGCAUCCGCCUUGGUGCCUGUGCCCUUAAUUUUUAUGUAUUCAAAAUAGGUGUCAAGUUCUCGCCUGCUUGUUCGUGCGGUUUUUUUUGCGAGUCUCCUACUCAUUGCGUCCUUCACUGCCCAAAGUAUGUUGCCCUCAGGCAAAACCUCCUGCUCAAACGGUUAACAGCAGUCGGGACUGUCUGACACACAAAACGUAAAUGUCCUUAUUUCUGUUAUCUGAUUUGCCCAUUGAUGCGAAUGGCCAAUUAUUAAAAGGAGGUUAUAAAAUACUCAACUAUUCAUCAGAAGUACUAAGCGUUUUAUAUCAAGCGAUUAGGUCCCCACAGCUGCACCUAUAACACGCACUGCACUUCUUGUAAUUAUAUAUAGAAAUUAGCGUAAGCCCCCCUUAGUUUGGGGCAAACGCAAAAUAAGUUUAAAUAAAAAAAGGUGCGCAAAA